CUUUGAAUUGUGAGGUGCUUGGCUCACCGCUUAGUGGCGCUCACUAGCUAGCUAGACAUUUCAAAUAAGGAUAGUAGUCUGUGAAUAUUACCAAUUGCUGGCUGCUGCACUUGCCACUGGUAUCAAGUUAUAUUUACACAACUAGUUCACCUCAAUAAACUUGGCUGGCAGCGACUAUAUAGCCGCGACUUAGCAUUUAGUUCAAAUAAUAACAAGACAGCAGCUGUGUAGUGACUUACAGCGCAAACGCGAUUCAAGUCACACACAUAUUAGGUAUACAACACAUCACAAACACCCACUCAGCCACCACUAUGAUCUCAGGCGAGACAAGUUCAGCCCACCCGCUCUCAGGCAAAACUGUACUGUUUAUCAGAACGUCCGGUCUUGGUCGUUUGCAGCAUUACGAACGUCUGAAGGGGCUAGGUGCAACUCUGUGGUGUUUUGAACAAGUCAGGAAACCCGCAUUUGAUCAUGUUUUCAACGAAUGGAUUAUCGGUGAUGUGUUCAACGAAGUUGCUGCCGUAGAGACCAUAGUCGGCUUUAUCAAGGAUAACGCCAAGCGCAAGCCACGUGGCGUGCUGACGUUUGAUGAGUUCGGUGUGGCUAUAGCCGCAGCCACCUGCGAAGUGCUUAGUAUGCCUGGUCUACCCUGGGAAGUCAUGCGACAGACACGAAACAAGUUCAACUUCAGGUCCAUGUGUGUGGGUGCUGGGCUCCCCUCUGUUCCGUUCCGGGGCAUCAACCAGAUUGAAGAUGUCGCCUCCAUCACCUCGUGCUCCUGCGGCGCAGCUCUGCGGCAUAAGACCACCGCACGUCCAGUAGAGCGAGUCCACACACUGGACUGUGCGUACAUGCAAUUCCCAGUGGUAUUCAAACCGUGCGAGGGGGGUGGAUCGCAGUUUGUGCAGCUUGUGCACAGUGCAGAGGCUCUCACAGACGUUGUGGCGAAUGCCCUUCGCCAGACACGGGAGAAUCCGAGCCCACACCCGUCGUUGGAGUGGGUGAUGACAGACCCAGCACGACCAGCCAGCCUAGUCCAGUCACCAGAGGCAACGGGAGAAUGGCACACGCAGCUAAGGCAGACGGGAGAUCAGGCAAGCAUACAGACACCCACUGGCACACUGGCACACACACAAACACAAGCACAAACACAAACACGGACACAAACACGGACUCGGGAUAAAGCACUAGGGCAGGGAAACAUACAGACACAGGCACACACACAGCCAACACCGGCACCUUCACCAAAGUCGGACAAGCCUAUGUUCAUGGUGGAAGGGAUGCUGGAGGGAGUCGAAGUGGACUGCGACGUUUUGGUGAUGGAUGGACAAGUCGUCUUCCUCUCUAUAUCGACCAAUUACGCGCCACAGACACCCGAUUACUUCAUGGAAAUGGGCGGAAUCUGUCCAUCCGACCUCCCGCGGCAAGCCCAGCAGAGCAUCGUUGGGGUGGUGCGAGAACUCUUCACCAGCCUGUCUGCCAUACACGAAGCCACUACACCGCACACAGCCGAGGCCCACAUGUCGGCUGGAGCCAACGAGUGCAGCUGCGACUGUGACUGUGAGUGCAACCAGUCCUGCACACUACCCGUGAGUGUGCGUGAGGGUGCAGCCGGUACCGAAAUUACAUCGCGUACCCGAGGUCUCAGAAGCCUGAACGGGUGCUUUCAUGUGGAGUUGAUGUACACCGCCGCUGGGCCGGUGCCCAUUGAGAUCAACUGUCGGUUGGGUGGGGCAGAGACGCAUCUUAUGGUACAUACGGCAUGGGGGGUGUCUCUAUCGGAAGGGGCUGUGCUGCUGGCGUGUGGGUAUGAUGUGGGUAUGCACCUGGACGGUCUACAGGUACACAUGGCCGUUCUGGCCUGUGCUGAAAAGGACCCGCAGAGUGCGAGUGCGCGGUUGGGGGUAGGUAGACCGGCCCUGACCCCGCUCAACAUGACGACCCUGCACACCGUGUCCUCGCUGAAUCUGGUGCCGGUCCGGUCCGGAAUACUUAGGAAACAGGACAUCCCCCUUAGUGUGGUGAAGGAUGCGGCCUAUGUGGCCAGUGACCUGUACUUCACAGUUGGGGCUAAGGUGAGCGUACCACCAGACGGCUUUCAGUAUCUGGGCUGGAUGGUGGCACGGGAGAGUCCAACGCUGACCUCAGAGCAGAACCUCAAACGCUUACUGGACCUGUGCACCUUUGCAAUGGAAAUGGACGGUCCUUCCGCUCAGUCCAACGGGACAGGUACCGGGUCGUGCCUGAGCUUUGCACUGAGAGAAGGUACGCGAUGUCUGCAUCCGCUCCUGGACUAUGAAGAGAAGGAUGUACUUGAGGAUAGGGUGAGUGACAGGGCCGAAUCUGACCCGUCCCGAUAUGUGGCGCCGCAAGACACGGUCCAUGCGACCCUGAAUACGAGUAACAGGUCCCUGCCCGGGGUGCAGCAGGCGGUCCGGGACAUUUCGCGUGUCCUGUCUUUGAAAGGUGCGGACACCCUGAAGGCUCGGCUUGCGGUCUGUACUUCGCUGGCUGACAGUAGGGAGUUGUUACGCGCGCGCGGCAGUGUAUUUAGUGAUCCGGUGGCGCUGAAGCUGAAUGACUGCUACUGCAUCCGUAGGUGUUGCCAUGGCAACGUUAUGUCCGAGACGACCGACAACCGCGCAUACAACCAGCGUGUUUAA